AUGAUGGCCGAGUUCUUUGCACGCAAUCUCCAUAAAACAGUUGACUUCUUGUCCAAGGUUGGAAUAACAUCUGAUGAAAUUUCAGUAACAUUGUCCUCGAAGGAGUAUCUUUCACUAACUUACCAAAACAUAAAGGAGUACAGAAAAGCAUACGUCUCUCUCCUUUGCAAGGCCAGUCUUCUCCAUCUUGAAGAAGUCGUGUUUUGUGCAUGUUGUUCCCAGAGAAUCAACUUCAUAAGAAACAUAAAUCUACUUCUUCAUCUCAAUAAACCUGUGGAGGUCCAUUGGUGUGGAUGCGAAAAAGACGAGUUUUUACUCUACAUAGAAGGUAAGGUAAAAAAAGACUGCCGUAUUCUCUCCGAUGUUAUUUUGAUAAAUCCAUGGUUUUGGGAAGCAUAUCUGGAUCUUGCAGAGAUCGCCACCCCUGAAACUAUAGGAUCAAUUAGCAUUGUUGGUGGCUUAAGCGACUUCUUUUUCAUGCAUCUGUUUUGUACAAAGAUGAUCAAGAAAACCUGGACCCCGGCCUUUGUUCCUGAAAAUGAAGUAUGCGAAAGUAAGUGGAGAAAGUUCUCGGACGGACUCUGUAUUAACAUGAAAUAUCCGAACUUAGCCGGGGCUGUUCUAUAUCACCAGAAGGAUUUUAAAGGAUGCAUCGAGGUGUUUGAGAAGAUUACAAAAAACUCCUUUUACUAUGAUUUGGAUUACAUCGAUCUCUAUUCAAACGCUUUGUACAUAAAGAAUGAUAAUAGAGUUCUUCUUCUUGCAGAAAAUGCUCUGAACAUAAACAAGUAUAGAUCCGAGACAAUGUGCUGCAUAGCAAACUAUUAUUCUAUGAAAAAGGAGCAUAAGAAAGCAAUUGAAUACUUUCAGCUCAGCGUAAGGCUGAACCCUUCUUCUUCGAUAGUCCAUACGCUUAUAGGUCAUGAGCAUCUUGAAAUGAAGAAUAUGGAAAAGGCGGUUAACUCUUACAACAUCGCUCUGAAAAUGUGUCCUAUGGACUACCGGGCCUGGUAUAGUAUUGGACAGGCAUAUGCAACGAUGACAAUGUAUGAAUAUGCCCUUUUCUUUAUCAAGAAAGCUUUGGAGUACAAGAGUAACGACCCUAUUGUUUGGACAACUCUAGGGCAAUGCUAUAUGAACCUGAAUAAGAUGGACGAUGCUAUUAGAUGCUUCAAAAACGUCAUAGAGCUGAACGAUCCCGAUGGAUAUCUAUAUAUAGGAGAUGCCUAUAAGAACAUGAAGAUGUAUACAGAAGCAGUCGUGUACUAUGAGAAGUAUGUUGAAACAAGCAAGGACGACACAAGAAGAAUAUGUUUAUUUUUGGAGGAAUAUUUUAAAAGAAUGUUUGAUGAUAAGAGAAGCUCUUACUAUGCAAGUCUCGCUAACAAAUAA